AGAGAAUCAUGAUUUAAACGCGAACCUUUUGUUCUUCUGCUUGAAACGGACAGAAGGCCGAGAAGAUGCAAGGAGGCGACGAACUUAGCAUCGAUGAGCUCGCUUCGAAUCUGUCAACCUAUAAAGAACAGCUUCAGCAGGUGAGAAAAUUAUUGGCCGAUGACCCAAGAAACUCUGAGUAUGCAGACAUGGAAAAAGAGCUUCAAGAGGUGCAUGUUCCGUGAUGGCCUGCUUACUUGCUUCUCACCUCUCAUUUCAGAUGUUCACGAUGAGUUUUCGAAGUCGGAAAUUCAAAUCAAUGUGAUUGCACUGACAGAGGAGCUCUUUGCAACAGCUAAGCAAAGUGAGAUUUCUGGAUCAGAAGUUGGUAUUGAUGAUGCUAAUGUGCCUUCACAUGGUCAGCAGUCUGUGGGGACUUCUGGUUAUGAUAUGGCAUCAGACAACAUCUCGGAGCCAUUUGAGAAGCUUCCUAUUGGCUCAAAAGUUCAAGCUGUUUGGAGUGAAGAUGGGGAAUGGUACGAUGCAAUGAUUGAUGCACAUACUCCAAAUGGAUACUAUGUUUCAUAUGAUGGGUGGGGGAAUAAAGAAGAGGUGGAUCCUAGCAAUAUAAGGCCAAUCCAAGAAGGAGUGAUCAAUGCUUUGGUGGAAGCUGAGAGAGUAGCUGAAGCCACAAAACAGGCCAUCAAGCGGAAGAUUGCACAAGCAGCUACCACUGACUUCCAAUCACGAACUUUACCAGCAAAGCUUCGUAUAGAUCCUGAUGAUCCUGAAGAUGUGAAAGCUGCGAAGAAAAAGAAGAUACAUGCUUUCAAGUCGAAGAACAGGUUUGAGCAAUUGGAAGUCACACAAAAUAAGCGACAGAAUGCAUGGCAGCAAUUCCAGACAACCAAAGGCCAUGCUAAGAAGGUUGGGUUCUUCUCGGGACGCAAGCGUGAAAGCAUCUUCAAGUCUCCGGAGGAUCCAAAAGGGAAGGUUGGUGUGACUGGCAGUGGGAAGGGAUUGACGGACUUCCAGAAGAGGGAAAAGCACUUGCAUCUCAAGGGUGGAACUGUUGAAUCAGAAGAGUAGAGUGCUUCAUUAAUGUGUUUCUCUAUUAGACAUUGUGAUUGCACCACCAUUUUCUCCAAAUCUCCAUCUGAUUGCAGAAAAAGUCUUUGAGCAAAACAGAGAGGAUGAAUCACUUGGCGCCUGGAAAAAAGGGUCGUUGGUUUACUUAUGCUUUUGUAGUGCAUGUCCAUGUUGUGUAAAACCCUAAUAC